AUGGGUUACAUUUCUCUAGCCAUAGUUGCAUUCUUUGUCAUUUUCGCCUCCCCGGUUGUUCUAGCCACCGAUACCGACCCGAUUCCAGAAGAUAGAUCCAAAAUCCCGCAAUGGUUCCACACCAACGUUCAACCAUUUUCCAAGAGAAAGGGCACGCUAGACCCUGCCCUCGAUGCUGCUGAAGCAUCGCGACAAAUUAUCACUGUGAAUCAAAAAGGAGGAGGCAAUUUUAAGACAAUAAACGAAGCGAUCAAGAGUAUUCCAGUAGGAAACAAGAACCGUGUGAUCAUCAAGUUGGCUCCUGGCAUAUACAAUGAGAAGGUCACAAUCGACAUAGCUCGACCAUUUGUUACAUUGCUUGGUCAACCUGGUGCAGAAACGGUCUUGACCUACCACGGUACUGCCGCUAAGUACGGAACCGUAGAUAGUGCAACUCUUAUCGUCUGGUCUGAUUAUUUCAUGGCAGCUAACCUCGCCAUUAAAAAUACUGCUCCUAUGCCGAAACCAGGUUCGCAAGGACAAGCUCUAGCUAUGAGGAUCAACGGCGAUAAGGCAGCUUUCUACAACUGUAGAUUCUACGGUUUUCAAGAUACGCUUUGCGACGACAAAGGCAACCAUUUCUUCAAGGAUUGUUACAUCGAAGGAACCUAUGAUUUUAUCUUUGGAAGAGGAGCUUCCUUGUACUUGAACACGAAGUUACACGCUGUUGGAGAUGGAUUAAGAGUGAUCACAGCGCAAGCUAGACAAAGCACGAACGAACAAAAUGGAUACACAUUCGUACACUGCAAAGUCACUGGAACCGGAACAGGAAUCUAUUUGGGACGGUCUUGGAUGAGCCACCCUAAAGUCAUAUACGCUUUCACAGAGAUGACCAGCGUGGUUAACCCAGUUGGUUGGAAGGAAAACCUCCAACACGGAUAUGACAAGACGGUGUUCUAUGGAGAAUACAAGUGUUUCGGACCAGGGUCACACUUAGAGAAGAGAGUGCCUUUCACACAAGAUGUUGACCAAAACGAAGUUAGACCUUUCCUAACUCUUGGUUACAUUAAGGGCUCUACAUGGCUACUUCCUCCUCCUAAAUACUGA